GUUCGCAUUUGGAUAAAAAUGCAUUAUUGACUGGGUAGCGUAAUUUGGCGCCAUUGAUUAUAGUAGAGGCUGUCAAAUAAUCUUCGUGGAAGUGUUAUAUGUUUUUUUGCACAAGCAGGAUGAGGCAUUUUUGAAAUAAUCGAAAAAAUUCCAUUCGACAUCGUUUUAUAUCGCACCGUUUGCAAUUUGGUUAAAAUCACUCGAAUACUAAGGCCAUCGGUUCGCUUACACGCCAUUUUGAGGUGUCCCCCUGUUAACAUAUAGAGGCUUCUCCUAUGAUAUUCAGUGCUUUAUAGUGGUUUUUUUCACAAAACAUAUUUACACAAUAAAUUUCCACUUAAAUGGAACCAGUACAAGAAUCACUUAGCCUUUUGGUUCAAUGCCAUAAUGGGCAAUCGCAAAUAAUUAAAAUUACGCGAAGUAAUAAACAGCCGUUGACGCAGGAGAGUAUGCGAGCAAUUGUCAAAGAAGUGACCGGGUAUGAUUCGGCUAAUGUUAAGAACAUUUACCAAUGCGUUGAGGAACAGGAUACGGAAUACAUCACCGAUGACACAGUUCCGCAAGCGACUGUAGGAAAGGUGGAACAGAUAGGGCCGUCUGUUUCGACUGUUGCCAAACCGAAAGGUGCCAUUCUACAGAUGCCUACAAUCAAGUAUGCAAGACAGACAGGGUCGUCAAAGUACCUUAACACCAAGUCAUCACCGCCGACGGUAGCGAAGAGAGACCAAUCCACAGGCGUCCAAAGUGUGAGUAGCAGACGCCGUAAGACGGAACGUGUGGGUAAAGGCUUACGUCAUUUUUCAAUGAAAGUGUGCGAAAAAGUCAAGGAGAAGGGUACAACCACUUACAAUGAAGUUGCUGAUGAAUUAGUGGAGGAGGAAGCUAAAGGUCAAGCCGAUCCAGCUAAUUGCGAUCAGAAAAAUAUUCGUCGACGGGUUUACGAUGCGCUUAAUGUCUUAAUGGCCAUGAAUAUCAUUUCAAAAGAUAAAAAAGAAAUUCGUUGGAUUGGCCUGCCAACCAAUUCGGCACAACAAUGUAACUCAUUGGAAAAGGAAAUUCAGACACGUCGUGAACGUGUUGAAGGUAAAGAACAACAAUUGCGUGAACUGAUUUUGCAGCAUGUGUCGUUCAAAAGUUUGGUGAACCGUAACAAGGAAGCAGAAGAUCGCGGUCUGACGCCAUCGGCAUUGUCAGCCAUUCAAUUGCCUUUCAUUAUUGUAAACACACACAAGAAAACGCACAUCAAUUGCAGCAUUUCAAAUGAUAAGUCCGAAUAUUUCUUCAAAUUUGAUGACAAUUUUCAAAUCCAUGACGACAUCGAAGUGCUCAAGCGGAUGGGUUUACUAGCAGGUCUUGAUACCGGUGAAUGCAGUCAAGAAGACAUUGAACGAGCCAAAGCAUUGGUUCCGAAGCAAUUUGAGAAGUACAUUGAAAUCUAUGGAACCGGACAGCAAAUAUCGCCAGCCGUUGAAGAUGUAACGGAAAACUGGGAUCUGUAUGACACAUUAAAUUCGACGAAAUUGGAACAAAUGAGCGAAGAAGAAGAUGAACAAGAAGAAUACAACUCGGAUGAACUAAGUGGUGACGAAUAGAAUUCAUUGGAAUGGUUUCAUCUGCGCCAUCUGUUUAAUGUUAAGGAUUGUCUUAAAGCAAAAAUAAUAAAAUUGCGCUAAAGUGCAGAUUGUACGUAGCCACACGUACUCAAUCGGGGGUAAAUUUUAUAUUAUAAAAAAAAGAAAUUGAAAAAAAAAACAAAAAAAUUUUAGAUGGAAAAUUACAUUAUGGUAGAGUGUAAGAGGGUGAACUAAAUUGAACUAAAAAUGAUAAAUGCAAAUGGAUUUUUCCCAUUUUGUUUCAAAUUUUAUUCCUUGUUUAAAUAAAAAAUCAUUUCAAUUAAAUUUCAUUACACACAAAACAAGCGUUGAUUCUCCAUGGUUUUAUACGCCGUUGUUUUCCUCUUCGUCGAACAGAUCUUCGAAAUC